AUGGAAAGCAUGGAAUUAGCCAGUGUGCAGUACUGGACGGACUUGCCCGGCAUGCUGCCGGAAGUAAGAAUUCUUACUGUCCCUCAGAUCGCGGCCAUUGUCCAGGAAAGGACGGAAAGGAUGAACAGGCGUAACCAACGGGAUACGAGGGGCCUGUGCACGAUAACUCCGGAGGCGGUCAUUGCUCUUAUUGCAGAGCAAGGAUGGAGUUUCCAGAAUCCGAAUCCGUGGGGUUUCCAGGGAGUCACUGCCCCGGAAGUCUUCCUCGAUAUUCUUGCGAGGAUUUAUAUAAAGGGCGCCGCGAAGAUAAAGGACAAGUUCAUGCCUACCCAGGCAAAAAUCAGCAAAUAUACGGAACAGAUCGAAAAUCCCACCACGACGAGUAGGUCCGCGAACUGGAGACACUAUAUCAAGAGGAACCUCGAAUACUUUCUGGCACCUACACAACAUCCUAUCUCGGCGAGAAUGGUGUAUGGAUUGUACAAGUUUCUGAGUGAGGGCGAGAAGGCUCAAUGUAAGAAAGCAGCUGCCGAGGGAUUGCAGGUGCAGGGUAUCUUGACCUGGGAGGACCAAGAUCGGAUGACGCCCUAUGAGAAGAUCAUCUGGGGCCAUUCUCCGAUGUCCUCAUUUGAGGAAGCAUACAACAUCGUCCUUUGGUGCCACCUCAAACUUGAAAAUGGACAGGAGCCUGUCCACUUAGGUCGGGAUACGACCUAUUUCAGAGUCACGGGUCAAUCAUCGACGAUUACCAAAGACCUCGUCGCGCAAUUCAUCCAGAACUGCCCUGGAUGCGAACGACGAGUCGACAGAUCCGGAGCAGCCCGUGCCCUCGGGUUGCAGACGGAGGCGCUGAGGGCAUCAAAUAAAGAUGCCGAUGGUGAGAGUCCGAAGCGCGGGAGGAAGCGCAAACAGAAUGAGGAUUUGCCAAGCUCCAGGACAAAAAGGGCUCGCAAGUCUCCGACUGUCCCUGUUGUCCAACAUAAUGAGUUGGACAACAUGAACCUGUACCGGGCGGAUGGGUCUCCGCUCCCACAAAUGCAGGUUCCUACACCCCCCCAGAGUUUUGCUGACUCUUGGGACAUCAACAAUGGCCAGCAAAUUGGCAAUGGCCACCAAUUUGGCAAUGGCCACCAAUUUGGCAAUGGCCACCAAUUUGGCAACGACCCACUAUUUGACAACGGCCAGCAAUCCAGCAAUGGUCCGGGAUCAGAUGAUGACCUUGAAUACGAUGCUGGCCUAAGCUGCACUGACGACCCUGAGGUUCUUGACGUGGAUGACGGCGAACGAUUCGCUGCCGACCCGGAGAUUAACAGCGGGACAGAAUUCAAUAACGACCUGGAAUUCGACGUGGGCCAACAAUUCGAUGUUGGCCAGGAAUCCAACUUUGACCUGGGAAGCGACUUUAGCCAGGAACCCGGCAUCGUCUAUGAAGGCGAUGUCAACCAACAACCAGAUGUCCCGGAUGAAUUAUAUGCUAUCCGGCAAUACCUCGACAGUCAGCAAGAUAGCAAUGGCCAGCAUCUUAGCAAUGACUAUACCUUCGAACCCGUCGCCAAUCAAGGCGGCUUCGGAGAAUCCCUUCCUGGUCUCUACGGAGCACCACAGGACGCCGCAUUCAAUCUUCAUAUGGAUGACGGUUAUUUAGAAGGUGCUGCAACCUUGGACACGCCACCUUCCCUCACGGCAGACAGUCAAAGUCCUGCCAGCUAUGAUUAUUCUUUCAGUCCACGGGAGCCUCAAGAGGUUAUCCCGGCUGAUGAAGAGAUCGACCCAAAAUUGUUUGAGCAUCACAACUGGGAUGACUUCGGCUUGAAUGGUCCAGACUCAGAAGGCUGGAACAAUGGGCUGAUGUAG